CGGUUUACUGUGAAACUUGACUAACGAGUGCAGGCACCUCCUGUGUCAUGUCUUGUUUUGUGUUUACUCCCCAAAAUAUGCUGUGAAGGAAGAAACGACAUUAACAUGAAGCUGCGGGUUCGAAUCAACAAGCAGACUAGCAGAGUGGAGUUAGUGGGAGCAGAGCCCAGUGUGACUGAGCUCAGAGAUCACAUCAAGGAGACCGUCCUGUCUUCCCAUGGACUCAGCUCAGACACAGAGUUCAGCCUGUCUCUUAAUGGAACAGAGCCUCUAUCCGAUGCAGGCCAGACUCUCUCCUCCUGUGGUAUUGUGUCUGGGGAUCUGAUCUGCGUGAUCCUGCCUGAGUCUGUAGCCGUUGCCGCACCCUCAUCUGCCCAGCAGGCAGCCAACAAUACAGCAGCACAGAGUCAACAGCAGAACCAGACCAGACAGAGCACUGCCAUGGCCUCCAGUCAGUGUCCACAGGAUAAACAGCCAAGUGCUAGCAGCACAGUGGAAUCGAAGGAGUUGGAGGAUAACAAUGAAGAGGAAAACCAUGGAACAGAGAUCUCCAGUUGGGAGCCCAUGCUGUGCAGUGAGGCGGAGGAGGGCCAGGUUCCUUUCUCCCUCGAGCUCCUCUACCACGGAGCUCAAAGCAGGAGCCCCAGCGACACCCUCAUGGUGGCUGUGAACCUCCUGAUGCUGGAGACUGGAUUCAUUCCUCAGGGAUCUGAGAUGAAGCCUGGUGAGAUGCCCAGCGGGUGGAGGGCAGCAGGGGGAGUGUACAAACUACAAUACACCCAUCCUCUGUGUGAGAGCAGCCUUGUCAUGUUGGUGGCUGUGUCCAUGGGACCUAUGCUUGUCAUUAAUGCUACCCUGAGGAUGAAUGAGAAGGUGGAUGUGGUACACAAAUUGUCAGUGAAUCCAUCCAGCUAUGUGACUGAUGAGUUUCAAGGAGAAAAUGCAGCAGGAGCUUUCAAAGAUCUGGGCAAACUGUCACGAAUCUUCAAAGACCAGGUGGCAUACCCUCUGAUAGCUGCCGCCAGAGAAGCCUUGGCUCUGCCUGUGGUGUUUGGCUUGGGUGCCUUACCACCGGAGCUGCUUCUCAGGGUGCUGAGGCUGCUUGAUGUCCAGUCCCUGGUGGCGCUGUCCUCAGCCAGCAGACACUUCCACAGCACCACAUCAGACUCCACAUUAUGGAGACACCUCUACCACCGGGACUUCAGGGAUCAAGAUCCCAGCAGAUCCAGAGACACAGACUGGAAAGAACUUUACAAAAGGAAAUACAAGUUGCGCAAGGAAUAUCGACGCAUGGCCCGCCCCUAUGUUACUCCUCCCAUCCAUCCUAUCCCCUCCAAUCCCUUUAACCCCUUCAUCCCCUCGCCCCUGUACCCACCGGGCAUUAUCGGUGGUGAGUAUGACCAAAGACCUAACAUUCCCCAGGGCAUCCUGCCUCAGCCUCGCUUCGACCCCAUUGGCCCACUCCCAGAUCACAGCCCUGCAAGAGGAGGUCUUGGUAGAUGGCGUGGACCCAGACCCAUGGGCAGUCGACCUACAGAUAUCCGCCGAGGCUUCAUCUGACUCUGAACUCUCAAGUUUGUUUUCAGUGUGGAUUAGACCAAUGAAUAUUCAUCUGUGUUAACACAAGGAUUUGAAUUAUUUGAAUGCUUGAUAAAGCAUUGUGCCCUCUUCAUGGACUUAAACUCUGACAACUGUGUUUUUACUGUUUUGCCUAAAAUGCAAAUGUCUGAAAAGCAUUUUGUGUUCUCUCAUAAUUACUCAUCUGUGCUUUCUGCUUGCUUGAGGCAGUGGAAACAUUGGCAUAAGUCCAAAAACUAAACAUCUAACCCAGUUACACUACAAGCAGAGUCUUAAAUAACAAUGCAUUUUAGAAUAGGUGAUGUGAUCUGGGACUAGCUGAUAGAAUCAUAUGACCUGACCAGUGAGUUCUCGCUCUGUACAUAUAUUCUGAGAGGCUUUAUUGUUACAGGCCUCUGUCUUUUCUUUCACCAUCUCACAAUGAUACAGUUUGUGUCUUCUGUUAGCUUUUCGCACGUUGUGUAUGAUGUAAAGAAGAUCUGGGUUAGGAAAUCAUAAAUUCUCACUUGGGAAGGGCACACCCUGAAGUAUUUAUUUUCUCAAAUAAAAAUCAAAUAAUAAAAAAUGAUG